AUGGCUCGUACCAAGCAAACAGCGAGAAAAUCCACCGGAGGAAAAGCCCCAAGGAAGCAACUCGCGACCAAAGCCGCCAGAAAAUCAGCUCCAGCCACCGGAGGAGUCAAGAAGCCACACAGAUUCCGUCCCGGAACCGUCGCCCUUCGUGAGAUCAGAAAGUACCAGAAGAGCACGGAGCUUCUGAUCCGCAAGCUUCCGUUUCAACGUCUCGUCCGCGAGAUCGCACAGGAUUUCAAAACGGAUCUGCGUUUCCAGAGCAGCGCCGUCGCGGCGCUACAGGAAGCUGCGGAGGCUUACCUCGUCGGGUUGUUCGAAGACACGAAUCUCUGUGCGAUUCACGCGAAGAGAGUUACGAUUAUGCCUAAGGAUAUUCAGCUCGCGAGGAGGAUCAGAGGCGAGAGAGCUUGAGGAAGUUCGAAGCGUUUUCGUUUUUGGUUUUUGCGUGUAUGUUGUUCGAUGAAUUGCCUCAAUGAAAUCGAUUAUCAGUUUCUAUCUUACUAAACGCUGCGUUUUAAAAAUUUGAUGUCAAAACAGAUUUAUUUUAGCGUAGUGAUGUCUUUCAAAUGUUCUUAUAGCAAAGAUAAGUAACACUUACAUACACA